CCGCCCUCCCGGACGGAGCCACCAGCGAGAGCGGUGGGCUAGAGCGGCCCCGGACGCACUUCCUCCCGCCUCGCUGGUUGCCGUGGAGACGGAAGAUGGCGGCCGCAGGUCCCAUAGGGAGUGGCAGUGCUGAGCGCCUCAGCUCCGGACCGUGAGCUGGGGAUGCCGGGGCUGAAGGCUCCAACCCCCGGCGAAGGAAGAUGCUCCAGACCAGCAACUACAGCCUGGUGCUGUUCCUGCAGUUCCUCCUGCUUUUCUAUGACCUCUUUGUCAACUCCUUCUCUGAGCUGCUUUGCACGGCCCCCGCUGUCCAGCUCGUCCUCUUCAUCAUUCAGGACAUUGCCAUUCUCUUCAACGUCAUCAUCAUCUUCCUCAUGUUCUUCAACACCUUCGUCUUCCAGGCUGGACUGGUCAACCUCCUUUUCCACAAGUUUAAGGGAACCAUCCUGCUGUCGGCGACCUACCUGGCGCUCAGCAUCUCCUUCCAUGUCUGGGUUAUGAACCUGCGGUGGCGAGACUCCGGCCGCUUUGUGUGGACCGAAGGCUUGCAGACCCUUUUUGUUUUCCAGAGGCUGGCGGCCGUGCUCUACUGUUACUUCUACAAGAGGACGGCGGUACACCUGGGCGACCCCCUCUUCUACCAGGACUCGCUCUGGCUGCGCAAGGAGUUCGCCCAGUUCCGUGGCUGAUGGCUCCCCUCGGGCUCUGGGUGACCCACCGGCUGCCCCCUCAGCUCCCGCCGUCUCACAGCCCUGUUCCGCCUCGGCCAUCCUCCUCCUCUUCCUCCCCCAGGGGGGAACCAGGCGCUAGCACAGCUCGUGCGGAGUCGGCGGAAGGCUCAUGCUGUGUCUCAGCGCCACAGUCCCCGCUGGGACUUGAGGUUUUUUUGUAAACACUGAAGAAAUAAAUUGGCUGCGUUUUCCA